GAUGAGCUGGGCCAUAUUCCACUUUUGCGUGAAAAGGAAUAUUCAGAUAAACAGUUAAUCCACCUUAUGGGCGCAGACCUUACUUACCUUCGAAACGAACUUCAGAUAGAAUUGGGCAAGAUUCAGCGGCUCGAGGCUGAAAUGAAUCUAUUGUCAGGCGAUCCGUGCGUGCGUGGCAAGCGAACUUCGGUGAAACGAACUGUCUUUGUAGAUAGUGUUGAGGAGGCUAGGCAAGUUCGUCAAGAUUUAGUGGAAAAGGCUGCCAUGGAUUAA